AUGAGCGACAGUCACCGAGUAUAUUUCCGAGGAUAUGCUCUUAUCAGGAUAAAUCAGUUGCAACUUCAGACCGGUAGAGACCUGAACGACAAGCAUGUCGCGAGGCUUCGCAAAAUAUUUAAACUCGAAGGUUGUCUUCACUAUGACCAUCGACACAGUGUUCCCGUUGUUAUAAACGAAAAUCUUCUGCUGGAUGCCCUAAAUAGACAACAUCCGGGUCUACACCAACUCCCUAAAACAGGGAAGGAUGCGCCAGCGUUGAGGUUUGCAGCUGACGUACAAAUCGCUUGCUUGCAUGGAAGACAUAGAAUCGCUGCUGCGGAACAAAUUUUGGGCUUGUCAGAUCAGUGGUGGAUUGUAGAAGUCUUCUCUGAUGACAUGCCAAUACAACAGCAACGUGAUAUACAGCAAGAUCACGGGAGUUCCCUUGGACUCACACAUGAUGUAAUUUUCAGAUAUAUACUGAUGGCACUGAAGCGCGAUGACAAGGUCGCCUACGACAAAUGGUACAAUCGUCUGCAAGAUGACCAAAAGAAGAUCGUUCGCAGAUUGCGCGGCUAUACCGGCGGAGCACUACUGAAGAUAUUCGAGGACCUGGCCUCAUUCAGCCUUGAGUGGGACUAUUUUUGCUUUGGUAGAUUAGCACUUAUAAUGGAAGCAAAAUGCGAAGAGGAGGUCUGUCAAUACUUGAGGACACUUCAUACGCUAUGGAUCGACAUCCUAGGACCUACAACAGCCGUACAAGAUCUCGACGAGACGACAGUGAAAUUACUUCGACUCAAGAUGCCCGCCCACUCCACUGUCGACGCAGAACAAAUUCAACAGAGUCUGCGUGACGGAAAAUUAUUUCGCAAUGUUCACGAUCUUUCCGAACGGAAAGCUUUGGAGGCAAGGCUGCUAAAAUGUCCACGUUUCAUAACACUAGAGACAUUCUUCAAAGAUGCGAUCUACCUCAAGGCAUGCUCUGACGGCCUGAACAAGCUUCUACCAAGCACAAAAUCGGGCGCGAAACCGACCACGAACAGUCUGCGAGCUUCUUUGGCUUACUACUUCAAUGACGACAUGAACCAGUUUCCACUCAGAUACAUGCAGUUGUGGUUUUAUGCCUUGAGAAACUUUCCUUACAUUGAGGAUAGAAAGUUUAACGCUCCAAGGGCCGACGCGGAUUCCACAAGUACAAGUCUUCGACUGAGAUACAACAGCGAUUUUGACAGACUCGCACGCCACGCACUAUCACUCGGCUUUUCCUUGGAAAAAAGAGUGAGACAUGACGCUAGUAACACGAAUGCGAAUGACUUCGAUUCGAUUUCCUCGGAAAAGCCUGCACUGAGCACCAACGAUGAAGGUCUUCCUGACAAAGAACGAUCUAACCGUCCUUGCGAGCGUUCAUUCCAUCGCAACCGCGGCUUUAUCACAUUGGAAAACGUCAUGGCGAUCUACCCUCAGCCUUGUGGAGCGUAUCCUACGCCAUUUGCGGUGACGAGAGACAUGGUUUUUCGCUUUUGGGGAGAUAUUCUUCCUCCGAGUGAUAGCUCUACUCGACAACGUAACGCUCAACAUGAAUCGGAAGCCCAAGACCUACCGGCUCCAGGUGAGAGUGACACAAGGAUAUACCGGCCUUCAUCAUCUGACUACGAGCGCUCAACUCGUUCUCCUUCUGCUGUGUCGGAAGUAAGACCAAAGACAUUUGGCCAGGGGGAGGGAUGGAAUGAAGGCGACUUCUCUAGCUUUUACAUGCAUCCUCACCUUGAGACAAAGCACCCAUUUGUCUCGCGGCCAAAUGUGCUGAGUCUCAGUGAGACACUGACCGCACACGAACCUGCCCAGGUAGAGCACACACAAACUGUUGUCGUGGAUCAAAACUUGGUCGAGGACCGUCGACGAGCUCUAAGGAUCUCGUCGGCAAGCUCUAGAUCCACAAACCUUUUUGAUGAUGGUUACGAAAAACAAUAUCCAGCGGAGGACAGAGCAUCCAAACGAGCAAAUGGCGACGACUUGACAAGGCAAAUGCUAUUUGAAGCAGUAGGAAAGCAGCAACCAACGGAAUCAGUGGAGUUGGAAGAUCAGCCUCUACCCGCCGACGACCAGAGUUUGGAAACUGUUCAAACACAAGAGCCACACGCUCAAGAGGAGAGAAAUCGCUGGUGGCAACUCAGCGGAUCUGACUGCCAACUUCCAGAUCCUGAACAGCAGAUUCAGGAGACUGCAGAGGUGGUUGGCACGGUGUAUGAUGAUGACGCAGAACUGGCCGAUUCUCAGGCGAUCAAUGCGCUCCAUGCGAGAGACCAGGCCGUUUCCAAGAAACGACAUCGAUACACAAGGUUCCCUGGUGGUCCGUCGAAGAGAGAGGGGCAGCUCUUCAACCCUGGUCAAGUGGCGCACCUUGGAAUCAAUGUUGACAAAGACAUUGGGCCACCACCCGAACAGGAUACAGCGACGACGCCUAAUCACGAUGGACAGACCACCACGACCGGAAACGCAAGCUCAGAGCCGGAGAAGGAAAACAUCCAGCAUGAGCAUUCGAGCACAAAGCUCGCUGUGAGUUCUAAGCACAAGACCACAUUCCCGGGUCCCGCCUCUCAGACAACCCGUCAUCACGGUAACAAUUUGAAUGUAUCGAGUCUGCGAACAGAAGAUAAUCGUAGAAGAAAACGUCAAGAUCACGACGACACAGUUUUCGCUACAAAAUCUGCAACGCAUGAACAGGCGCAAGUUCCCGACUUUGAUGUUUUCAAAAUUCAGGUCGAAUCAGUGCGCUCCAUCUGGGAUCAGUUAGAUAAUCGAAAGAUAUAUGUUACCAGUCCAGUGGAUGUGCCGGGGCUGGAUUCUAAACGCCAUACAUCGCAUGACAGACUCUGGAGCUGGGCAGAACAUGAACAUGGAGAAUACCGGCUACAAUUGGACCGUCUGCUAGAGCAGAACUAUGGGUUUCAAUUGAUAAGUUCUGAGGGCCGUCCUGGGGAGCCACAUUAUCGUACCGCCCCGCCGGAGAGCUUCUGGCAGGUCUAUUUCGGAACUGCUCCACGAAUCUAUUGGUUAGCUGUGAUAUAUCCGCUUCAAGAAUUCGGCGGAUCUCGUGGAAAGGUGAGGAAGACGGAAUUAGUCAGGACGUAA